AACAGAGAGUUCGAAACAUCAAACACUGGUUGAAUUAAAAGCAGCUGAUUGUCUUAAGGAAAUUGUUGCGCGCUCUUCGUUGAUCGUUUUAUGUUCUUCCAAGCUUGUUAUUUAUAGCACGUACGAAGAAAAACGUUUUCAUGGAUUCCUAUGAACAAAAUAAGAGGCGAAAGAUCAAAUACUCUUCUUUGAGUGUACAGACGGGACCCGUUGGUGCACAUUCCAACGAAACUUUUGAACAAGUCGUUCAGACGCAGUAUGGUGCUUUCGAGAUGCCAGAUAAAGAAUCCCUGUCAAACUCAAUCUUAUCUACACAAGCAGCGAAAGCCUCUAGUUCGGAUGUUUCCUCGGUUCCUUUUAACCCAAAGGUUCUUGCUAUUAAGAUUUUCUUUGGAAACGAGUAUUGUAUUUUUCGAGCAAAUUCUGAAACUUUGUUAAAACAAGUUUUAUCAGAAGCUUCAGAAUUCUGGAACAUUCCUGUUUCACAAUAUGUACUUGUAGAUGAAAAUGACUGGGUUGUUUCGUUGUUGGAAAAAGCAGAGACACUGAUGCUCAAUGCUGUCAAAGAUACAAGAACUGGGAUCAAUGAAGAUAACAGAAUCAGUCCCGACAACAGCUCAACAGAAUGCAUUCAGCUGUGGCUGGUUGAAAAAAAGAAAAAGAAAAGAUUCAAUUAUCAGAAUGACAAAAAUAGUGUGGAUUUCAGUCUUCCACGGGUAAAAACUUCGUUUUUCACAGGAAAUCUUGGACCCUCGCAGGAGGUGCCAAAAAUCUCUCCUAUAUUUCGCUUUCCAAUGAAGGGAGAAUUCCAUUUUACUAAAGAAGCCAAGAACCAGGAAGAGCUUGCAACUGGCCACAAUGAAAUGAAUGAAAGUCAAAAUUCACUAGAAGCAGAUAAUAUCCAACCGAAUCAAACUGGAGAAGUGGCAAAGCUUUUGGUUUCAUUGUAUCCUCAAAGUAAGAAUGCUGAAUUAUCAGAAAGAAAUGUUGCGAGAACAGACGCUACCUUUAGCCGAAACUCUCUCCCAAGGGCAGCUGUAGAUCAUCCCAUGCAGAAAUAUAAUAUGUCGCCUUCACUCAAAGCUCAAAUAGACUCGUUGUUUAUUAUGGAAGAUGAGAGAACAUUUUGCCACAUUUGUGGUCAACGUGAUGUGAAAAGUCCAUGGCUCAUUCGAUGCAGGUUAGCAGACUGUGCCAUGUUAUACCAUCCCGACUGUGUUAGAUGGAUACCUUCAGAUGCAACAUAUUCUAGCAUGUGCGGAGAAGAACAGUUGUUAAGACAUAUCUUGACCGACCUUUCUGUUUGGAAAUGUCCAAAACAUCGAUGCUCAGAAUGCGGUGACGACUCUAAUCCUCUUGCUUCUUGUACUUUAUGUACUAUGAGUUACUGCUCCAAGCAUGUGCCUCCAACUGUUCGACCUCAACAAUUAAGUCCAUAUGAUUGGCAAGAGAGUAUGGACAGAAAGUCUAGAAAGAUUAUUUGCGAUGUCUGUCUUGUCAAGGAAGAAACGAAGAAAGACCCAUCCUGUUCUUCUAUCAUGAAGAUGGAUGUGGAACAACGUUCUCCUUUUGCACUAUGUGUUAUGAACUUGGAAACUACCUUGUUACCACGAGUAGAACCACAAAAGAUAGAAUUUCCCUGGUUUGCUACACACUUUAUUCAGAAAAGACGUCGAGAUACCGAAAGUAUUACAGAAACAGACAAAGCACGUACGCGGGCAAUUCAAGAGUUAGAAGCUUCAUCGGAUUCUACUAUUGGUUAUUCUGAAAGAACACCAAAGAAUACUGAAAUCUCCGGUGCACCAUCUCAGAAACGACCUUACAUAAGGAGGAUUUCUCCAGAGUCUUUGAAACGAAAUGAUUUUGACUUUCGCCUAAAUGAUGGCUCUAUUGUAAAAUUAGGUCCUUUGCUCAAUAUGAAGCUCACUGAUGAUGAUGUUGCUGCAGGUCUCACGAAUAACCGAGUAUUGCAGGCAGCCUUUAUCAUCUUAAAAGAUGAGAAGAAGCCAUUGGAUGCGAGAGCACUUGCUGAACGUGCUUCAGAACGUGGAUUCCAUUGUUUGUCAUUGAUGCCGAACAACACUUUCUCCAGUCAAAUAUAUCGCAAUAUGAAAAGAAAGAAAGAACAUUCUGCCUUUUACAAAGUCAACAAUGGAGAAUUCGGUCUUAAGAUUUGGUUACUGACAGGAAAUAGUCCAACUGGGGAAGAUGGCGAGGAAAACAAGGAUACCCAGAUAUCCUUACCGGAUGGAAUAGAAAACUCAGAUACUUUAUAGACACGUAUACUAUAAAUAAAAAGUAUAGUUCAUCU